AUGAAGCGCUAUCACGGCGAGGGCACGUACUACAAUGCAGGCAUCUCGGAAGGCGCCUGCGGCGGCUGGCACAAGUCCAGCGAGCUUGUAGCAGCUGUCUCGCGUCAACAAUGGCACGGUGGCGAAUUCUGCAAUCAGAUGCUGCACGUCUGCCACCACGGCAAGUGCACGGACGUCCAAGUCGUCGACGAAUGCCCGUCGUGCGAUUACGGUAGCCUUGAUCUGUCACCCACCGCUUUUAAGCAAUUGGCGCCGAUGAGCGAAGGCGUCAUCGAUAUCAACUGGACUUUUGCUUGA